AGUAGUCCUCCCACCACAGAGAGGAGUAGUCCACCCACCACAGAGACAGAGAGGAGUAGUCCACCCACCACAGAGAGAGAGAGGAGUAGUCCACCCACCACAGAGCCAGAGAGGAGUAGUCCUCCCACCACAGUGAAAUACAACCCAGCACCACACAGUUUAGAAACCACAGGGAAGGUCCAUUCAGCCAGUCCAUGUGUGGGUAUCCCCAACGGACCUGUCACAAAGACCCAGCCUCAGGCCUUCCUCAGUGCUACAGAGACUCACGGUGAAGCAUGCGGAUCAUGUGCCCACUGCCAGGAAGAGCACAAGGUGUGUGUCACAACCAGGAACUCAGCAGAGCCACCUGAACCGUCAGGGACAGAGGAGACGGUGAAUGGGAUCUGUUCAAUGAUGUCGUCUGUGGAGGCUGGACAUCCUUUUGAGGAGGGACUUACUGUAGAGGUGGGACUUCCUCCCUUGCUAGACACCCGUGGGCCCAUACCUCUUUCCAACAUCCUGUCACCUGAUCUGUCUCUCUCACCAUCGCAAAACAGGAAGGGGAUCAACCAAUUGGAAUCCCAGUUAGCCUCACCUGUCCCAGCUCCUGGGCUAGGCGGUGAAGGAAUUACAGAGAUACGAACACAGAGCAUUAGUUCACGACCCCUGAAGAAGGAUGCCGUUCAAACCCAGGGCCUAAUCCCUGAGCUCCAGGACCAGGGGGACUCCAGCACAGAGACACCCAGGGACAGUGAGCACUCACCUGGGGAGAGUACGAGGGAUGAGGGCUGGCUGGGGGAAGGUUACACCUCCGUAGAGCUCCAACCUGCUUCUGCUCAUCCCCAGUCUGACGCUGUGAGGUGGAGUGAGGAAUGCCUGCCCCCCCAUCCACACUCCCUCCCCCACAUAGACUGGCCACCUCCCUCUGACAAGUCAGGAUCAGAAGACUCAGAACACUCACAGCUGUUAUCAAAGACAUCGACUAGUGAGGACAGGACAGGACCAACCCAUUCCCUGUCCGGGGUGAGAGAGGAGGAGAAAGAAGAAGAAGAUUGUAAUGUUUACAGUCAACAGAAGCAGGCAGUAGAAAGCACAUCCUGCCCUGAAUCAGCACAGCCAAACACUGUUAUAACAGCGGAGUUCUCUGACCAUACAGACACUGACUCUAACCAUGUUGGGUUGUCAAGCACAGAGGAGACGGAGGACGCUAUAUUCCCCUAUAGUCCUACAGGAGUCUUCAUAGAGAUCACUAGUGAUCUGUAUGUUGACCUCUGCACACAGGGUGUUUCUAGUGACAUAGGCCAAGGGUCAACCCAACCUACAGAGACUGAGCCUCUUCAGGGAGACAGCACAGAACCCCCUGCCUUAGAUCAGGAGGCUGUACCACUGAGAAGGAUAGAGAUAACUGUGGGAGCGGACUUUCCUGUUAUCGUGGGAACAGACUCUCCUGUUAUCGUGAGAACAGACUCUCCUGUUAUCGUGGGAACAGACUCUCCUGUUAUCGUGGGAACAGACUCUCCUGUUAUCGUGGGAACAGACUCUCCUGUUAUCGUGGGAACAGACUCCCCUGUUAUCGUGGGAACAGACUCUCCUGUUAUCGUGAGAACAGACUCUCCUGUUAUCGUGGGAACAGACUCUCCUGUUAUCGUGGGAACAGACUCCCCUGUUAUCGUGGGAACAGACUCUCCUGUUAUCGUGGGAACACUCUCUCCUGUUAUCGUGGGAACAGACUCUCCUGUUAUCGUGAGAACAGACUCUCCUGUUAUCGUGGGAACACUCUCUCCUGUUAUCGUGGGAACACUCUCUCCUGUUAUCGUGGGAACAGACUCUCCUGUUAUCGUGGGAACAGACUCUCCUGUUAUCGUGGGAACAGACUCUCCUCUUAUCGUGGGAACAGACUCUCCUCUUAUCGUGGGAACAGACUCUCCUGUUAUCGUGGGAACAGACUCUCCUGUUAUCGUGGGAACAGACUCUCCUGUUAUCGUGGGAACAGACUCUCCUGUUAUCGUGGGAACAGACUCUCCUGUUAUCGUGGGAACAGACUCUCCUGUUAUCGUGGGAACAGACUCUCCUGUUAUCGUGGGAACAGACUCUCCUGUUAUCGUGGGAACAGACUCUCCUGUUAUCGUGGGAACAGACUCCCCUGUUAUCGUGGGAACAGACUCUCCUGUUAUCGUGGGAACAGACUCUCCUGUUAUCGUGGGAACAGACUCUCCUGUUAUCGUGGGAACAGACUCUCCUGUUAUCGUGGGAACAGACUCUCCUGUUAUCGUGGGAACAGACUCCCCUGUUACCGUGGGAACAGACUCCCCUGUUACCGUGGGAGCAGAUUCCCCUGUUACCGUGGGAACAGACUCCCCUGUUACCGUGGGAACAGACUCUCCUGUGUGUAAAGAACAAGUCCGUAGCCGCCGGGAUCACCUAGAGAUCCACCACAGGUUCCCUGAGCCUCCCUCUCCCUGCCCUGUGCCACCCUCAAUCCUUUCUCUGUCCUCCAACAACCACGCCAAGGCCAGUGAAAGGUUGUGGUCGGGGUCUCUCUGUACGAGGGGCCAGGUGCCAGAGCAGUGGUCCUCUGAGGUAGAGAUAAAGGUAGCCCACCAGAGCAGGUCAAAGGAGUGUGGGGAUAAAACUGAUGGUGAGUCCCAUUCCCUGACCGAGCCCACAACGUUUACCUCAAACCUCCUGGGGGACACCAAUGAGACUCUGGACAGCACUCUUGAAGACCCCCCUGAGGACUCUGAGAAGUUCCUGUCCCUCGUGGACUACCACCCUUACUGGUGCAGUGACAACUCAGCCGUGUCCUGGCUGGAGGGUGAGUGUCACUUCAGCCUGGCUGAGAUGGAAGAGCUGGAGAGGCUUCAGAGAGAGGGUUACGGAGACGCCCCUAAUCAGAACCAUACAGACUGGAGAGGAGACAUCUCUAACCAUACAGACACUACAGACUGGAGAGAAGACAUCUCUAACCAUACAGACACUACAGGCUGGAGAGAAGACAUCUCUAACCAUACAGACACUACAGACUGGAGAGAAGACAUCUCUAACCAUACAGACACUACAGGCUGUAGGGAGGCUAAUUGUGUUGCAAACAGUCCAACAGGCCUCUCUGAACCCUUAUCUUCCUACCUGGAGACCGGAAGCCUGCUAUUGGACAGUGCGGAGAAGAAGGGCCAGCAGCCCAUUCCCCACCAAUCCCCCAAGCCUCCCUGGGACAGAGACAUACAGGAGUGUAGCAACUCACCUGAGGCUUUAGGAUUAGAGGACAGUUUUUUUACUGAGGACAGCUCAUACAGCUCCUACCUCCAGACCAGCUCUCACCCUGCCCUCCUGCAGCAGGAUUGUGGGGUGAGGAUCGUGAGGUACCCCUAUCCUGACGUCAGUCUCAACCUGCUCUCCCUUAGUAGCCUAGAAACCAUCCUAGAGGCUGAUCCCGACCACUCCCUGGACAACUCUGGGACAGUGGAAGAUGAGACAGGAGAUGAGGAAGAUGAGGAGUGGAGAAAGAUUGUUAGGAUAAGGCCCACUGAGGAGGACAGAGGCACUGUUCUUCUGUCUGGUGACAUCAUCAUAUCCUAUGUGCCCACUUUCAGCCCGUCGUCGUGUCGCCCUGAGGACUUGUCCAGUAUCGAGUCAUCAGAGCACCAGCUAGUCUUGUCGACCUUUGACCCCGAUGACCCCAGGGUCAUGACCUUACCACACGAGAAGGACACCUCGGGCAGCGAGAGAUGCUCCAGUCCCACCUCCACCUCUGUGUCCUACGAUUUUGACACCACCAGCACUAACAGUGAGGAGAUGGAAGAGUCCAUCCUGCCUGUCUCAGGGGGGAACGCCAACCUCCACAAACCCAUGAAGAGCAAAUCUAAAGGCGGCCGGGCGGGGAGCUCCAAGUUCUCUGUCUUCGCCAAGAUGCCUUCUUUCAGGAAGAAGAACAGUCUGAAGAACACCAAGAUGGACAGCUCGUCCUGGGACUCACCCGACCUGGGCCUGGGAAGGGAGCUGAGGGGAGGACAUAGGGGACAGGGGGGAGACACCUCAGACGAUGACAGUGUCUUCUUGACGGUCCAGCAGGCCUUCUCGUCCGGUCCGGUGGGUUGCUACGAGACAGAGGAGGAGGACUACAGCUUCGUCCCCUCCACGCCUCGCUCCAGCCACGUCCGCCUGCUCUUCAGGGAUGGGCCCAGCAGCCCAGACUCCCCCCUGACCUCCCAGCCCGGAGAUCUCAGACACGACCACACUCGGGCCCCCGAGGGCCUGCACGGCUACAAGAGGAGCAAGAGCUCAGACAGCCCCAACCUCCGCAUGCGCAUCGCCCAGGCCCAAAAGUCCCUGUCCAGCCUGUUUGAGUCUCGCUCCAUGGAUAAGGAGAACGAGGAGGAGCAGGGGAGCGUUGAGACAGGGAGUGAAGGGAAGGUGGGGCGAGCCAAACAGUCCUUGAGGAGGCUGAGGGCCAAAGAGGCUGAGCUUGUGAGGAGGACCCUGUCUGUCCCGGUCGGGGAUGGGGUCGAGUUAGAGGACGGUGGGGGUUUGAGAACGCCCAGACAGAUCCACAGUGACUACGCAUCCCGCUCGGCCUCAGGCUCAGCUCUCAGUGUCCCUGGGUCCCCCUCCUCUCUCAAGGCUCUGAAUCUCACCGACCCCCUCACCAAGAGGGGCCUGCAGGACAGUCACAGCGUGGCCGAGGCCGACACCCCACAGGGCUGCAAGUUGGAUGGCCAGAGGAGGAAAGGGAAAGUCCCGCCCAACGGCCUGUCAAUCAACUUAUCAGACUCAGGCCCGCCGUACUCGCAAGACUCUGAGGCUCCGCCCGCGAAUGAAUCCAGCCCCCUGUUGCCCAUGAGCCCCGCCUCCCUGGCUGCAUUAGCCAAUCAGCUGUCCUGGUCCCCAGGGGGAGCCUAUGAGAGCACAGCGUCUAGCAUGGCAGCUACACCAGACACACCAUUGAGACCCAUGAGCCCCAAGCCCCACAGCCCCAGAUCUGCUGCCCAGCACAGGGCUAUCUGCUACCCCCCCACUGCCUCUGGCCGGGCCUCAGUCCUGUCCCUGCUCCUCAUGGGCCAGUCAGCCAGUGUAGAGGGCCUGUCUGACCCGCCAGAGAAGCCCAAGACCCUGAAGCCCCGAGCAGGACCGUUAGGCUCCUCCUCACUCAGUCCAUUGGAGGACAGCGAAGUGGACAGUCUGCUUACUCCUAUGUUCUUCAAACAGUUUGAGACCAGUCAGGAUGGAUGUAGACCAAGCAGCCAGGCAGGGGGAGGAGGGAAGAGGCUAGCAGAGCUGAAGACUCCUGGGUCUGGACCGGACACUACUGCCUUAACCAUCAGACCACCACUAGGCCACAGGCCGGACAGGGAUCCGAGACGCCACCACUGCUGCUCAGAUGACCUGUGGAUCGAAGAGGAAACGAGACGGAAGCGGAAGCUGGCCCAAAUGAAGAGGGGAAGCCUGGGACAACUCAGUCCACACUGUGCUGAAGAGCUCGACAAAUCGCAUGCUCCAGUGUCCCUGUCGACCAUGGAGGCAUUCUCUGGGAUGCUCCUGAAGACCCACUGCUUCUCCCAGAGCACCCCCAUCGGUCUGGACUGUCUGGGCUGGAGACGACGCAUCUCCUACCCCUCGGUGAUAGUACCAGACGGGGGUGGAGAGAAGACCGGUCUGGGGCUGGGUGAUGAUCUAGGCAGUGACGAGGACCUGUAUGAAGAGUUCCGCAGCUCCAGACAUCACUUUGGACACCCAGGGGGAGGAGGGGAACAACUGGCUAUAAAUGAGCUGAUUAGUGACGGGAGCUGUGUGUACGCCGAGGCCCUGUGGGACCAUGUCACUAUGGACGACCAGGAGCUGGGCUUCAAGGCAGGGGAUGUCAUCGAGGUAGUGGAUGCCACCAACAAAGAGUGGUGGUGGGGACGCAUCCUGGACAGUGAGGGCUGGUUCCCAGCCAGCUUCGUCCGGUUGCGUGUGAACCAGGAUGAGCCUAUGGAGGAGUAUCUAGCCCAGCUGGAGGAGGCUGGGGCUGGGGAGAAUGACCAGCCAGGCGUGGGCCUGUUUCUGGGACCAGGCCUGCCUUGUAAGGAACAGAUGAGGGCUAAUGUCAUCAAUGAGAUCAUGAUCACAGAGAGAGACUACAUCAAACACCUCAAAGACAUCUGUGACGGUUACAUCAAGCAGUGCCGUAAGAGGAUAGACAUGUUCACAGAGGAGCAGCUGCUGUGUAUCUUCGGGAACAUCGAGGACAUCUACCGCUUCCAGAAAAGGUUCCUGAAAGGUCUGGAGAAGAGGUUCAACAAGGAGCAGCCGCACCUCAGCGAGAUCGGCUCCUGCUUCCUGGAACAUCAAACAGACUUCCAGAUUUACUCGGAGUACUGUAACAACCACCCCAACGCCUGUGUGCAGUUGUCCCGGCGGAUGAAGACCAACAAGUAUGUGUUCUUCUUCGAGGCUUGUCGUCUGCUCCAGAAGAUGAUUGACAUCUCGCUGGAUGGGUUCCUGCUAACGCCCGUCCAGAAGAUCUGCAAGUACCCUCUGCAGCUGGCCGAGCUACUGAAAUACACCAACCCCCAGCACAGGGACUAUAAGGACGUGGAGGCUGCCUUGAACGCCAUGAAGAACGUGGCCAGGCUAAUCAACGAGAGGAAGCGACGCCUGGAGAACAUCGACAAGAUCGCCCAAUGGCAGCGCUCCAUAGAGGACUGGGAGGGAGAAGAUAUUCUCAGUAAAAGUUCAGAUCUGAUCUUCUCUGGAGAGCUGACGAAGAUCUCCCAGCCUCAGGCUAAGAGCCAGCAGCGCAUGUUCUUCCUCUUCGACCACCAGAUGGUCUAUUGCAAAAAGGACCUCCUGCGCAGGGACAUGCUGUACUAUAAGGGUCGUAUGGACAUGGACCAGAUGGAGGUGGUGGAUGUGGAGGACGGGAAGGAGAAGGACUUCAACGUGUCGGUGAAGAACGCUCUGAAACUGCGCUCGCUGGCGGGGGACGAGGUCCACCUGCUGUGUGCCAAGAAGCCUGAGCAGAAACAACGCUGGCUCCGAGCCUUCCAGGACGAGAGGAGGCAGGUGCAGCACGACCGCGAGACAGGAUUCUCCAUCACUGAGGUCCAGAAGAAACAGGCCAUGCUCAAUGCCUGCAAAAGCCAUCCAGCUGGGAAGCCCAAAGCGGUGACCCGGCCCUAUUGUGACUUCCUGCUCCGUCAGAAGCAGCCAUCUCUGCCCAGCAGCGUGCCCCAGCAGCAGGUCUUCAUGCUGGCUGAGCCCAAACGCAAAGCAACCACCUUCUGGCAAAACAUCGGCAGACUGACGCCUUUCAAGAAGUGAAACGCCAAAGGAAAGGAGAGGAGAGCUCUCUGCUCGUGCCUGAACUUACCUUUUUAUGCCAGAUGCUCUUGUUUUAUAUAUACAUAAUCCUAUCCUAAUUGAUAUACUGAUAUCGUGAAAGAUUAUUAUAAUUAUAUUUUUUUCUUUGAGAAAGCACUUUAUAGGUUGGUUACAAUUAGACUUGGGAAUGGUUCUUCCGGACAUUGUGUGUGUGUGUAUAUACGUUGGGAGACCGUUGCUAGGACUAUUAUACCUGCUACUGCAACCAACAACCGAUUGGUUCCACUACUGCUGCGUGAUCAUGUGACUGCCAAUGAGGCUCCUCUUUAUGAAAGACGUUGACUGGCGACAACAAAUGUUUGUUCCCCCCCCCCCCAGUGUUUUUGUUUUCCGACAAAUGCCAACUGUUCACAGUGCCAGAAACAUGUUGCUUUUGCAUUAUAUUUCUUUCUGGGGAAAAAAGGUGAAAAUUGUGAUAAAAGUUUAUUGUACUUCCA